AGAGAGGGAGAGCAGUGAGCUUCAACUGCAGCCUCCACACACACACACAGACACUCACACACAUGCAUACACAGUCACAACAGGAGUGCAAAGAGUGACUCAGGUAAGCAGGUACGCUCCUGAUGAGAGAGGACCCUUGAGAGAGGGAAGCAGCGUGGUGGAGUGAGAGGGAGAGAUACUGGAGGAGGAGCUAUAGAGCUGGGAUUUUUGAGGAGGAAGAAAAAAGGAGAAUCGCACAGAACCUGAAAAUCUCUGUAUCUGGACUCCAAGGGUGGGCUUACAAGGGAGGGAUAGACAGGGAUACAGGCAAGACAGAUGUGGAGUGAUGCAAGAGCUCGGACUGGAUGAAUUUGACAGACUGGAGAGCACUGAGAGACACACACAGAGAAGAAAAUGACAUUUAGUUUUUGUAGCAAGACUGUUCGGGGGGCUUAAGCCGAGCUGGAAGGGAGGUUUUUCGACAGGGUGAGUCGGGACAGAGAGAGAGGGGUGAGGUGUGGUAGUGGGAGGGUAAAUAAACACAGGAUGGCAGAUGAACCACCUGUCCUGAGAUGAGGUGAGCACACACAUACAGGUUAGCACAAGAAAGCAUACCAGCCUCACACACUCCUUAGCACAACCGACUGGUCCCCGGGACAGUCGUUGGAUUCAGGAUAGAUUGGAUCCCAGCUCCCCACAGAGUGCAGGACUUAGAAGAUGCUGUGAGACGUUUGGCGUCCAGAUCACCUGGACUCAUCUGAGGACAUAACUUAUGAGAGGGACCAGCCACUGAACCCCCAUGUGAUCCUCCCUUGCGAGAACCUGUGGACAUAAGAGAUUGGAUUUGUUGUCUUUUUGCGGGAUUCCCAACUCCCUGAAGUGCUGGCGAUCAGGUGAAUCACCUGUGCAAUGAGGAUCCUGUGUGUGAGCCUGGCCUGAGGCGACCCACCCCGGAGGCUCUAUCGGCCUGUCCUCUCCUCUUCCCCUAACUGGAUGUCUUGAUGUAUUGCUGUGGGCUGGGACACUGGCGGAGAGUGCAGUCCACCUAUGGAGAGCGUCAGGACUCGGACGUCGUUGAGGAAAGAAACGCUCAGGUGCAGCUGGAGAAGGCCAAGUACAAGCCUGUGGCAUUCGCAGUGCGUUGCAACUUCUCUUACACGCCAGCAGACGACGACAACAUUCCCGUACCGGGCCAGGCCGUCACCUUUGAGGCUAGAGACUUCCUCCAUGUCAAAGAGAAGUUUAACAAUGAGUGGUGGAUCGGACGGCCGGUGAAGGAGGAUGGUGUGGUGGGCUUCAUCCCCAGUCCAGUCAAUCUGGAAACCAUUCUCAUCAGAAGAGAAGUCCAGGCGAGGAAAGCUGCCAAGGCCUUAGCCAACAAAGUAUCUCAAACAACUCAAGAUAUGAACUCAAAGAAAUAUACUCCUCCAUCACAAGCCAAUCAGCAGGUGAAAAAGAAACCGGGGGAGCAGGUGGCUAUGUAUGAUGUAGUGCCUACAAUGCGUCCUGUGGUUCUAAUGGGACCAUCACUGAAGGGCUUAGAGGUGACAGAUAUGAUGCAAAAAGCACUAUUUGACUAUUUAAAACAUCGAUUUGAAGGCAGAAUUACUAUUACACGGGUCACAGCAGACAUCUCUCUAGCUAAACGGUCCAUCCUCAACAACCCUGGCAAAAAGGCCUUAAUGGACCGGUCGAACACCCGCUCCAAUUUAGAUGCUGCCGCCCAGAUACAGGGGGAGGUGGAACGUAUCUUUGAGCUCGCCCGCAGUCUUCAGCUGGUAGUUCUAGAUGCAGACACAGUCAACCACCCUCUCCAGGUGUCCAAGACCUCCCUAGCACCGAUCCUGGUCUAUGUCAAGAUCUCCUCACCAAAGGUGUUGACGCGACUGAUCAAGACUAGAGGAAAGUCACAGACCAAACAUCUUAAUGUUCAGCUGGUGGCAGCAGACAAGCUCGCCCAAUGCCCGCCUGAAAUGUUUGAUGUCAUCUUAGAUGAGAACCAGCUAACUGAUGCCUGUGAGCACAUUGCUGAUUAUCUGGAGUCUUACUGGAGAGCCACUCAUCCACCAGAGAUGGAGCCUGCCAACGCACUGGUGUCCCAGCUGGCCGAGAAUACACUGCCCACCAGUCCUUCAGCAAUACCGGAAGGGCAGAAAAACAAGAAGUCAGCUGCCCCCAAGAGGAAGGGUUCCCGGGAGAACCAUCUAGACCAGGAGCCCCCUUCAGCCCCAGCGCAGGAGCAGAAGGCUGAGGAGGGCCAAAGAGAGGAGGAAGAGCGGCUCAUUAGAACUGACCCAAAGAGACCCCAGCACACCCACCAUCAUCGCCAUCACCACCACCACCGCCGGAUGGAGCAUCACAGCCACACCCAGCACAACCAAACAUCUGGUGGCAUGGAAGUACAGUCGAGCAGGGAUUAUAGCCAGAGGCUUCCCCGCAGGAACCUGCCUGAGCAGAGGGAGGAGGAGCUGGAGGAUGUGGUGGAGGAGGAUGAGGAGGAGACUCGCCAUAACCACCGGGGCCAUAACCACCACCAUCAUAACAGCAACCACCACCAUCACCACCACCACCACCACCAACAUCACCAUGGGAACAGCCAGCCACACGUCGGAGAAGACUAUGAGCAGGAGCACAAUGAACGCAACCGGCAGCACAGGCAUCACCAGCAUAUUCCACCACGGACACACCACACGGAUCACUAUCCUGCACACAAUCAUCAAAACUACCAUGGAGACAGGGACAGAGACAGAGACAGAGACAGAGAUAGAGAUCGAGAUCGAGAUCGAGACAGAGACAGGCACAAGGACAGAGAAAGAGACAGAGAUAGGGAUCGAGGUAGAGAUAGAGACAGAGAUGCACGACAAUGGCACAGGGAUUCCUAUAUACACUAGUUACUUCUGUGGGUUGGUGCAUGAUUUUAUGCUGCUCAAGUCAUAAUGCACUAAUGGACGGGACAGUGUUUCAUCUUUGUAGACAAUGUUUCUCCUCAUAUUGUUUGUCUUUUUUUAUUUUUACCCUUUGCCACUCACACACUUCGUCCUUCUUUCUUGUUCUUUACCAAAAUUAAUAUUAUCACUUGGUUUUUGUCUUAUUUUCACCUAUUUAUGGCUCUAUCUGUGUGUAUUUUUGCACAAACAUUAGUCAAGAUAAAUGCAACGGUGUGCUCAUGCAGCAUCUGUUCUAGAGUUUUUAAUUUUGCAUUGGUCACACAAAUGUACGGAAUCCAAGAACGGUAAAGGUUGCAAUAAUUUUAUUUUAUUCAUUGUCUCGAGAUCACAAGUUAACUUUGAGUUUCUGGUUUAUUUUGAGAAAAAAAUAGGUCCUUUUCUUGAGAUAUCUCUAAAAAACAACUUGUUUUCCCAAGAUAAUUACCCUGUAUAGAGUUUAAGCAAUUAGUCGAUUAAUCGAUUUGUCUAUUCACAGAUAAAUAACUUUUAAAAUAAACAUACUUAUUAAAUAAUUGGUUAAUUGUUUCGUGAAUUUUCCUAGCAAAAAUGCCAAACAUUAUCUGGUUUCAGCCUUUUCCCUUUUUUAUAUCAUUGUAAAUUGGAUAUCUUUGUGUUUUGGAUCAUUGGUCGUACAAAACAAGCAAUUUGAAGACGUCAC